UGCUUUCCAGGUGGGAAACCAGGAGGAGGAUCCGCCUUGUUUUGCUUGGCCUGAAAGGGCAGGACCUGGAGCAUUAGAUGGAAUUGUGGAGGAUGGAGGGGAAGAGGAACUGUGCCCCACAGAGCUCUCCCUAAGAGCGAUGGUCGAGCCGCCAUGCCUCUGGGGAAGGAAGGCCGGGACGCGGAGGGGGAGGGGGACGGCGGGGACCCCGACUCGGCCCCCGAGAUGAACGGGCUGGAGGAGGAGGGCAGCGAAGACGAGCAGACGGGCAGCCAGACGGAGUCGGACGGCGAGAGCUCCGAGAUGGACGACGAGGACUGUGAGCGCCGCCGGGUCGAGUGCCUCGAUGAGAUGUCGGACCUGGAGAAGCAGUUCUCGGAGCUCAAGGAGAAGCUGUUCAAGGAGCGCCUAAGCCAGGUGCGGCUGCGGCUAGAGGAGGUCGGGGCCGAGCGGGCCCCCGAGUACACGGAGCCCCUCGGGGGGCUGCAGCGGAGCCUCAAGAUCCGCAUCCAGGUGGCCGGCAUCUACAAGGGCUUCUGUCUGGACGUGAUCCGGAACAAGUACGAGUGCGAGCUGCAGGGAGCCCGGCAGCACCUGGAGAGCGAGCGGCUGCUGCUGUAUGACGCCCUCCAGGGGGAGCUCCAAGAGCGUAUUCAGCGGCUGGAGGAGGACCGCCAGAGUGUGGACAUCAACUCUGAAUGGUGGGAUGACAAGCUGCACCCCAAAGGGAACUCGAAGUCCUGGGAGUCCUUGCAGACGGGCAAGAGGAAGAAGGCGCCGCUCGUCUCUGGCCCUUAUAUCGUCUACAUGCUGGAGGACGUGGACAUUCUGGAGGACUGGGCGGCCAUCAAGAAGGCUAAGGUUGCUGUGUCCCCGCAGAAGAGGAAAGCAGACGAAGGCCCACCGUCUCCUCUGAGGAGCCCUCCGGCGUGGGGCAGCAGCCACCCUCCCCUCAAGGGCACCCGCCCGGCAGCCCAGGUAGGCCUGGCCACCCCCGACCUCCUGUCUUCUAGCCCCUGAAGGGCCCACAAGCUGCGCACAAGGCCCGCCCGGACGCCCGGGGCUCCUGGACCGGCUCCUGGGACCUCGCGCCGCCCCGUGACUCCUCGGCCUCCACACUGCCACCCUUUUGCCUCUUCCCAGCUGGGAUGCCAGCAGCUCCGGGCACGGGCUCGGCCCGGCCUCGGGGGACUCUGACUCUUCCCUGCCCGGCCGGCCGGGGGAGGCGAGGCCUUUGAGCCAGGCCGGCUCUGCUCUCCUUUACAAGUUCUUGAAGCGACGUUUCUAUUUUUGGAUUCUGAACGGAGAAGCCCCUUUCCGCGGUCCUGGGGAUUCGAAUCAUGUACCAGAAUUAAAGUUUGCUAAUUAAAA